GGGUACUUCAGUGCUCCUGGACGGUCACGCUCCCUCUGUCCGCCCGCCGGCCCGCCAGACCCGGUCCCGGCGUUUCCCUCUGGCACCCACCUCGGCGCGGCUUAAGGACAGGCUGAUGGCCCGACACGCGGGCUCCAGAGCCUGAGAGGGGAAGAGGUGCCGAGGAGUCCGGGCUCAGCCCUCGUCGGCUCCAACCGUGUGGGGAACUGACAGAAUAUUAAACUUUUUAAUAGAAUUGACUGAACUACUUAGACCAUCAGGAUAUUGGGAGGAACUCCACAGAUUUUUCAUCUUUAAAGAAACUCUAAAUGUAUGAGAAAUUUACAGAAUGGAGAAUGAAAAGGAAAAUCUCUUUUUUGAGCCACAUAAAAGGGGACUAAUGAAAACACCUCUGAAAGAAUCCAGUGCAGCAAAUAUAGUGUUGGCAGAGAUUCAGUCUGACUUCGGCCCUUUAACCACACCUACCAAGCCCAAGGAAAUCUCCCAGGGAGAACCGUGGACACCAACAGCCAACCUAAAAAUGCUCAUCAGUGCUGUGAGCCCUGAGAUCCGAAACAGAGAUCAGAAAAGGGGGUUAUAUGACAACAGAAAUGGAUUACCUGAGGCCAAAGAUUGUUUGCAUGAACACUUAUCUGGAGAUGAGUAUGAGAAAUCCCAACCAAGUCGAAAAGAGAAAAGUUUAGGAUUAUUGUGUCAUAAGUUCUUAGCACGCUAUCCUAAAUAUCCCAACCCUGCUGUGAAUAAUGACAUCUGUCUUGACGAAGUAGCUGAGGAACUGAAUGUUGAGCGUCGACGCAUUUAUGAUAUUGUGAAUGUCCUGGAGAGUUUACACAUGGUGAGCCGCCUCGCCAAAAACAGGUAUACUUGGCAUGGCCGACAUAAUCUCAACAAAACCCUUGGGACUUUGAAAAGCGUCGGGGAGGAGAACAAAUAUGCCGAGCAGAUUAUGAUGAUCAAAAAAAAAGAACAUGAACAAGAGUUUGACUUUAGUAAGAGUUACAGUAUAGAGGAUCAUAUCAUCAAGUCAAACACUGGCCAAAAUGGACACCCAGACGUGUGUUUUGUCGAACUCCCUGGAGUGGAAUUUCGGGCAGCUUCUGUAAACAGCCGCAAAGACAAGUCUUUAAGAGUGAUGAGCCAGAAAUUUGUGAUGCUGUUUUUGGUGUCAUCGCCUCAGAUAGUGAGCCUAGAAAUUGCUGCCAAGAUUUUAAUUGGGGAGGACCAGGUGGAAGACUUGAAUAAAAGCAAGUUUAAAACAAAAAUUAGGAGGUUGUAUGAUAUAGCUAACAUUCUGAGUAGCUUAGAUCUUAUCAAGAAAGUUCAUGUUACAGAAGAAAGGGGCCGAAAACCAGCUUUUAAAUGGACAGGCCCAGAAAUCAGUCUAAAUCCCAGUGGUCUCAGCCCAGUCAUUCCUUUCUCCCCCUCUGAUUUGGAAGUCAAGCAGUCUUCAAAAGAGAACUGUGCCAAAAACCUCUUUUCCACACGUGGGAAACCAAACUUUACUCGACACCCUUCUCUUAUCAAAUUGGUAAAGAGCAUAGAGAGUGAUCGGAGAAAGAUAAAUUCUGCUCCCAGCAGCCCUGUCAAGACUAACAAAGCUGAGAGUUCUCAGAAUUCUACACCCUUCCCAAGUAAAAUGGCUCAGCUUGCAGCUAUUUGCAAAAUGCAGUUAGAAGAGCAAUCAAGUGAGCCCAAACAGAAAGUGAAAGUACAGCUAGCAAGGUCUAGGCCUAGCAAAGCAGCGGACCCUCUGGAAUCCCCAGCAAAUGCUGAGUGGGAGCUGAUGAGACCGUCCCUCAUCCAGCCCCUGGGCAUGGUGCCACUGAUCCCCAGCCCCUUGUCAUCAGCAGUGCCUGUGAUCCUACCUCAGGCCCCUUCUGGCCCAUCCUAUGCCAUCUACUUGCAGCCUGCCCAAGCCCAAACCAUGACACCGCCCCAAGGCCUGAGCCCAACAGUCUGCCUCACCCCCUCUUCUAAAGCCACAACAUCGAAAGACUCCACAGAGGCCACCACCGAGAAGGCAGCCAAUGAUGCUGCAAAGUCCAGUGCCCCCACCUGGCCUGGAAGCUUGCUGGAAAGACAAGGUGCAAAGAACCGAGACUGGGAACCUGCUGGAGAAAGAGGUUCAAAGAGGGCAAGCACAUUUGAGGAGAGCAGUUCCAAAAAGAAAUUUAAAGAGGGCCUCAAAGGAGUUGAAAAUGUAUCCGCAACCUUGUUCCCAUCAGGAUACCUAAUUCCUCUCACCCAGUGCUCAUCCCUGGGGGCAGAGUCCAUUUUGUCUACUAAAGAAAACACAGGUACACUUUCCCCAAACCACAGGAUCUACAGCUCCCCAAUCACAGGUGUUAUUCCUGUGACAUCAUCCGAACUUACUGCUGUUAAUUUUCCCUCUUUUCAUGUGACACCUUUGAAGCUAAUGGUCUCACCAACUUCUGUGGCAGCUGUACCUGUCAGGAACAGCCCAGCUCUCACUUCAAGCCACCCCAUUCCCAUCCAGAACCCCAGCUCAGCCAUUGUCAACUUCACCCUGCAGCACCUGGGACUCAUCACGCCCAGUGUGCAGGUGUCUGCCAGUCCUGGGCCUGGAACUGUUCCCCUGUCGCCAAGAAUAGAGGCUGUUAGUGUCCUACCAGAAAAUGCAGGCACUCAGCAAGGAAGGGCCACCAGGCAUGACUCACCAGUCCCAGGCCAGAACCAACUGAGUGGACAAUCAGUUGCUAUGACAGGAACACAACAGCCUGUUCCUGUGACACCCAAAGGGUCACAAUUAGUGGCCGAAAGUUUCUUCCGUACCCCAAGUGGACCAAUGAAGCCAAUGGGCUCAUCCUACAUGGACUUCGAUGGUGCUAAUCAAACCUCCACAGGAUCUCUCUUUGUCCCACAGCGAAAACUGGAAGUCUCAACAGAGGAUGUCCAUUAAUUGACAGAUAGAGUUGCAUAACAGGGAAGAUGUACUCAGACUGAUCUGUAGAACACAUUCUCUGAAAAUACUGUAAAUACUUUGGGGUUUACUUAAUUUCAAAUCAAAUACUUAUUUGGUACUUAUACACACACAUACAUUUUAUCUGUAUAAGCUAGGUUCAGCCAUCAAUCCUAUAAAAUAAAAGUAAAAUAUUGAACUAAGUUAUAUUAACUCUACAGGGAAAGGAUUCAUUGUUUCAGCUGUUCCUAUUCUGUUAUGCAAAGGAACCAUACUAAAGUUUACUUCUCUGAGUGAAUAUGUGACAGGCCCAAUGCAGCAUUCUCUAACUUUGCACAAAGAAAACGCUGUGAUGUAUAAUGUAUUUUUAAAUAGGAGGGCUAUAGCUAUAUUUUUUAUAAUUUCUUAAAUCUGUUGUUGCAGUAUGUCUUUGUAAAGUUCACAGCAAUCCUCAAUCAAGUCUAUGGAAAAAUUAUUUAUAAACUGUAUUUUUAAUCAUAAAUUGUUCAAAUUAAAACUUUUCUAAAAUGUA